CGCGUUGAAUUGCGGAGAAAUAUUAUAAGAGACCUUCCUUCCUAUGUCCGCGUGAUUCAGAUUGUGCAGGAGAAAAACCUGUGAAGGCAAUCCCCUUUGCCACACAAUCCAAUUUCCUGCGAUCAUACACCUUUCAAUCUUCUCGUAAUCUACCUUUUUCAAAAUCCACUUACCACCUGUUUGAUUCCCUUUCCAAUUUGGAUCCACGAAUAAUAAGAUAUAUUGAUUAAGCCUUUUCCCCAAAUAAUAGACAUAGAAGAGUAGAUAAUCAAAAGUACCAGCGCGGAGUUGAUCGAUUUGCAAAUCUGAGAGUAAAACCUUGUGCUGCGAUUACUAUCAGUUUUUUACGUCAGAUGGCGUUUCAGGAAAAGGGAAACAGGUUUAAAAGGCAGCCAGAGAAGAAUUCUUCGGCUUCAAACAAUGGAAGAACUCCAGGUGCUGUCAAGUUCUCUAACGACACGGAAAGACUUCAACAUGUUAAUAGCAUCCGCAAAGCACCAGUAGGGGCUCAGAUGAAGCGUGUUAUUGAUCUCCUUUUUGAGACCCGAAAGGCUUUAACGAUGGAGCAAAUAAAUGAAGCGUGUUAUGUGGACAUGAGAGCUAAUAAAGAUGUUUUUGAGAGUAUGAGGAAAAACCCAAAAAUAAAAUAUGAUGGGGAAAGAUUCUCUUACAAGUCCAAGCAUGAUAUUAGGGACAAAAGUCAGCUGCUUGUCCUGGUGCGUAAGUUUCCAGAGGGUAUUGCUGUUGUUGACCUAAAAGAUUCUUACCCAACUGUGAUGGAAGACUUGCAGGCUUUGAAAGCUUCAAGGGAGGUUUGGCUGUUAUCCAACUUUGACUCACAAGAGGACAUUGCCUACCCGAAUGAUCCUAAAGUGCCCAUUAAGGUGGAUGAUGACCUAAAACAGCUUUUUCGGGAGAUUGAAUUGCCUCGUGAUAUGAUUGACAUAGAGAGGGAUCUACAAAAGAACGGAAUGAAGCCUGCUACUAACACUGCAAAGAGGAGGAGUGCAGCGCAAAUGGAAGGCAUUUCAACAAAGCCUAAACCUAAGAAGAAGAAGAAUGAAAUCACUAAGAGGACCAAGCUGACUAAUGCCCAUCUUCCGGAGCUUUUUCAGAAUUUAAAAUGAUUCCUGACUUAAGAACAAGUGGUGAAUGAAUUCAUAUAGCUCAUCUGUUGACAUACAACAUGUGGUUAAAAAUUCUUUAAGUCGUUCAGAUGGGUAUUGGCUUGUUUUAUUGUAUUAGCAAACUGCUUCUGGUUUUGGAUGUACCUCAUCAGUUGGAGAGAAACGAUGGCCAUAGCAAAUACACAAGGCAUUCUUUUUAUCUACACUUAUACACCAUUCUAAGGCUGAAUGGUAAUGAUCAUUUGACUCAGUGAAAAAUAUUCGUAAAAGGUUCUCAGUGGUAUUUUCUACCGUUGUUAA